AUGACGAGCCAGGAGGAGCAGCAGCAGAGGAGGCAGCCGGCGGAGCACGACGGCCAGGACCGACCGGGCGACGGAGCCGGCGCCGUCCGCUACGGCGACGUGUUCACCGUCAAGGGAGACCUGGCCACGGCGCCCGUCGCGCUGCAGGACGCGGCCAUGAUGCAGGCCGCGGAGAGCGCCGUGCUCGGCGAGGCGCCCAGGGGCGGGGCCGCUGCCGUCAUGCAGUCCGCGGCCAGGCGCAACGAGCGCCUCGGCGUCGUGCCCCGCGACGACGAGGCCACCGACGCGACCGCCGAGGGCGGGGUCGCCGUCACCGAGGCGCGCGUGCCGGGCUGCCGCGUCAUCACGGAGUUCGUGGCCGACCAGCCUGUCGGGCAGUACAUUGCAGCGGAGGAGGAGGAGGAGGAGGACACCACGGGCGGCGUGACAGCAACAGCAGCAAGACAAGACGGCGGCGUUCACGGAGUGCUGGACGGGACCAAGAUAACGAUCGGCGAGGCGCUGGAGGCGACCGUGUUCUCCGCAGGCGACCAGCCGGUUGAGGCGAGCGACGCGGCGGCAAUCGCGCAGGCGGAGGGCGAGGCGGACAAGACCACGCUGCGCCAAGUCCUCGCGGACGCGACGGUGAGGCUGGGCGCGGACAAGGAGGUGGAGCGGGAAGACGCGGCGCGGGUGGUGGGCGCGGAGGUGCGCAGCGACCCCGACGCGACGGCGCGGCCGGCCGGGGUGGGCGCGUCCGUCGCCGCUGCCGCGCGGCUGAACCGCGGCCGGCAGUAG